AUGUUUCAAGUGAAAAAGCCCCGCCCGGACGCUCGUAUCCUGAAGAUGAGGGACAAGGAGGACAGGCUCGCGCGGAUUCAGCGAAGCGUGCAGGAGGACAGGGUCCUGGACGCCGUCACCACCUGGGAGGACAAGAGCAACCAGAAAAUCCAGGCCAAUCAGGCCCAGGAGCGCUUCGUGAGGCUCAAGGCCGAUCGGAGCGCGGCGCUGGACGCGCGGCGGCGGCGGCUGGCGUCCAAGCUCCUUGAGGAGGAGCGGGCGCUGGAGGCGGAGCUUGUCAGAUCUGAGGAGACGCCCGAGGAGCGGCGGGCCAAGCUGGCUCAGAGGGCGCGGCAGCUGCAGGAGAUGCGGGAGGGGGAGAGGCGGCGGCUGUCGGAGCGGCUGAUGGAGGCCCACUUCAGGGAGAAUUGUGACCCGCUGAGGGCGAAGUGCUCGCAGAGGAUAUUGUACAGGACGGUGGAGGAGAGGAACCAGCAGAUAGAGCGGAAAACGCAGAUGAAAAUACUUGAAGAAUCUGAGAGACGCGAAUAUGAGGAGAUGCAGGAGAUGGAACGAUUGAAGAUGGAACAGAGGUACUUGGACGAUCAAAAGUACCUAAAGGAGCAGCGAGAGGAUCUGCAGCGCGGUCUGAAGGAGCAACUGCGGCUCCAGGACAACAAGAAGAAGGAGGAGAGGCAGUGUGAAAUUGCAGAGGCGCAGGACAUGAAGGCACAGUGGCAGCUUGUGCAGGAGGAGGCCAAAAGGCAGGAGGCUGCUGAGAUGGAGAGGAAGCAUUGGCUGGCAGCAGAGGUGAAACAGUUUAAUCGGGAGAAGCAGGCAGAACUGGACGAAGCCAUGAGGCUGGAGAAGGAAGAAGAGGCCAGGUACCUCAAAGAGGCAUUGGCACGGGAGGCAGAGGACGAGGCCAAGGCUCAGGCCAAGAAGCGUGCACAGAUGGAAGAGACUUUGAAGUACAAGGCGCAACUGGCUGAGGCGCUGAAGAGGGACGGGGAGGAAUUCACUGAGGACGAGGCACGCAUUGAGCAGCAGGCUGAGGAGGCCAGGCGCCGGCAGGACGCUGUGUGGGCGGCACAGGAGGCAGCAAGGAACCGCCUAGCCAGUGAGGUUUACGAAGUCCAACAGAGGCAGAUACUGGAGAAGGAAGAAACGAGGGCUCGCCUCGCUGAUGAGACUCAAAUGGAGCGUCAGCAGUUUGCAGAGGAAGCGGCACAGCUGACGAGCGCCGAAGAAGCCGCCAAGGCAGAGGCCAUCAGGAAGGCGCUGAUGCACCGGUUGGAGCUUGAAGCCCAGAUUAUGACAAAGGCCCAGCGCAAGGCGGCUGAAGAACAUGAGAGGCUGAUGGAGUUGCAGGCAACAAAAGAGGCAGAGGCUAUGUACACGGCCAAGAUCCAUGAAGCCUUGCAGUCAGAAGCUCCCUUGUGGCAUGGCCGAAAGAAGGUCGAGUGGUUCCAUUGA